AUGGAGCCCUCAUCUGAAUCAAUGUUUGGCUACAAGGAGCAGCCGACCCUAGCAUUGGAGGCUCCUGAGGAAGGCGUGCAAGCAGACAAAGGCGAAGAUGUACAGACUAUUGUCGUCGAUGGUAACCCGGUGAAGAUGGACAAGCUUGGCCCGCUGGUCAUCAACACGGAUGGUAGUAUUGCCCGCAUCAACAACUGGCACGAGAUGACGGAGCACGAGCAGACCAACACGCUGCGAGUCCUCGGAAGGAGAAACAAGUUGAGGCUUGCAAAGCUGCAGGAGGGGAUCCAGGAGGGCGCCAGUGCUGUGGGCGAUGCAAACUGCGUUGCCGAUAGCACGAAAGCUCACUGA